AUGGUGGGCUACCUGUCCAUGCACAUGCUGAUCCGUGGGAAAGAGCACCUUUGUCGAGGUCUGCUGUCUCUGCAAGAAGGAUGUGGUAUUCUAGACCACAGGGCAGGAGGAGAUGGUGAUGCUGGCGAGGAGGAGAGGCGGGACCCCCCUGAUGGACGAGCCAAUGACAAUCACCCCCUGGAGCCAUCAGAUUUAGCACUGCCCUCCUCCAGCACACACAACCCGUUGCCCAAACAGGACAAGGAUAAAGACUGUACCCCUUUACCUGAGGAGGAUCUGUUAAAUCUACUGAAGGAACAGGAAGAGAGGAAGAAGUGCGUGAUCUGCCAGGACUCUGCCAAAACAGUGGUUCUGCUGCCCUGCCGUCACUUGUGUCUCUGUAGAGACUGUACGGACAUUUUGCUAAGACAAGCCAUCUACCAACACAACUGCCCUCUGUGCCGUCAUAUGAUCCUCAAUACUAUGGAUGUUUAUCUCUAG